AUGCCAGGUCUACCAUCCAGCAUCGACUUGGACGAAUGUAUCGAGCGCUUGUAUAAGAAACAACUCCUAGCGGAUUCCGUCAUUGAGGCAAUAUGUGCAAAGACAAAAGAGCUCCUUAUGAAGGAGAGUAACGUCGUACAUAUUGCGGCUCCGGUUACCGUUGUUGGAGACAUACAUGGGCAAUUUUUCGACAUGAUUGAAAUAUUCAAGAUUGGAGGAUUUUGUCCGAAUACAAAUUAUCUGUUUUUAGGCGAUUACGUGGAUCGCGGUCUAUUCAGCGUCGAAACGAUUUCCCUACUCGUCUGCCUCAAAUUACGGUAUCCAUCGCGCGUUCAUCUUAUCCGAGGAAACCACGAAUCUCGAGGUGUCACGCAAUCAUAUGGAUUCUAUACGGAGUGCGCAAGAAAGUAUGGCAAUGCCAAUGUCUGGCACUAUUUCACCGACAUGUUUGACUUCCUUACUCUAAGUGUAGUCAUCAACGACCAAAUCUUCUGUGUCCACGGUGGACUAUCACCCUCCAUCCACUCUAUAGACCAGAUCAAAAUCAUCGACCGGUUCCGCGAAAUCCCACACGAAGGCCCCAUGGCAGAUUUGGUAUGGUCGGAUCCUGAUAUUGAACAUGAUGAAUUCUCACUGUCGCCGCGUGGUGCGGGUUAUACAUUUGGCGCCCAAGUCGUGCGCAAAUUUCUCGAAGUUAAUAACAUGUCACACAUUCUACGUGCCCACCAAUUGUGUCAGGAAGGGUACCAGGUUUUAUAUGAUGAUCGCCUGAGUACGGUGUGGAGCGCGCCGAACUAUUGUUAUCGAUGCGGAAAUUUAGCGAGCGUUUUGGAAGUGAGUGACACCGGAGAGAGGUUUUUCAAUAUAUUUGGUGCAGCGCCCGAGAACGAUGAGCACCGAAAUGAGCAACAAACACAACCAAACAAGGACGGCCAGAACCCGGUCAUUGAAUACUUCUUGUGA